AUGCCUGGUUCAUAUGCUGGACUGAGAGUGCUUCCAGGUAUCAAGAGGAAAUCUCUUGCCACUGUCGAUGGAAAUGAAGCACUGAACUCUUCGAACUCGAUGAAAUCAGAGCAUUUCUCAAAAUGCCAGCGUAGCAGGCCGAUUCCUAUUUUUGAUAAACAGGCCUCCCAGGAGACUAACUCAUCAGAUGAUCAUGUGGAAGUGAACAAACACAGUCAGCUAGGUCGCUCAAACAGUUUGUCGACAAAUAUGAAAGAUGGGGACGUUGCUGAGUUACCCGAAGAUCGCAAGCCUCCACAAGAUAUUUUAAAGAUCCUUUCGAAACUUCAGCUGCUUGGAAAAGAAUACUCCAGGGCUGACCGAGAGUUUGAAUGCUACACUACUUCACUCUCGCAAUUGUCGGCCCUCGAGGAGAAAACUAAUACAAUUUCCAUGGAUUGGGCAUUGGUUAUGUGGUUGUGGGCUUUGGUUUUUGUUCAGUACUGUAGUCAUUGGUGUCUUGGGUACUUGGACAAGGAGAGGACUUCUCUCUUGGAGAUCAAAGCUUCCAUCAAUUAUCCGAAUGGGUCUUAUCUUCCUACAUGGGAGGAUGGGACUGACUGUUGUCGUUGGGAAAGAAUCAAGUGCAACAAUGCGACAGGCCGAGUGACUGAAAUUUCUCUCGAUUUUACGAGGGAAGACGAGUUGGGAGAAUGGUAUCUGAAUGCCGACUUACUUCUAUCCUUUGGAGAACUGCGGAGCCUUGAUUUGUCCGGGAAUUACCUCGCUGGUUGGGUUGAUCAUGAAGGUUUCAAAAGAUGGUCGAGAUUGAGCAAGCUAGAGCACCUUGACCUGAGCUAUAACCCACUCACCGAAAGCAUCCUACCGUAUUUGGGUGCACUCUUGUCGCUUAAGAGUCUGUCUCUGAGAAGCAGUAACUUCGGACUUCCAGACAGAGGUAUUGAAGUGGAGUAUUCACCUCCUAUAAUUUUAUAUACAAGUUUUGAAAUGUUGUCUAGAUUGGGCAACCUAGAGCAGCUAGAUCUAAGUCAGAAUCAGUUAAAUGUUUGUUAUGUGGGGCCGACUCUGAUGUUUUAG